UUUUCCCAUGUCACUCUCAGAGGCUCUAAUAAGGCGACACGUGUACAAGCUGACCCGUCACGUAAAACCUGUACUAUUAUUAUUGCUGCCGAUCUCGAUUCCCGAUGCAAUUCCGCCCCUCCGUUUUCCCAAUUUCUCACACACACACAGUAAAAAACACACUGACACACACUACUGAGUGAGUGGGUUUCACGUACAACCCGUGAGCUGUGUGUGCCAGCUCGCACACAUCACACACACACAAAUUUCACCACCCUUGUGUGCUUGAUGCAUGUUACAUGGGCUUUGAUUGAUGUUUUUGGACUCAUACAAAUUCUUCAAAUAUUUAAUCGCCGGAGUCUGAUUUUUUUUUUUCUAUUGAUACAAGUUUGCUUCCGUUCAUCCGUUCGUAAUUAAUUCUUCCCCGGAUUCGAAUAAGUUCCUAUUAUCGAAAAACUCACCGGUGGACAAAAUCAGGACUUGCAGUUAAGGUGUUUGUGAAAAUGUCUGCACUGACAGUAGAUGUGCAACAAAAUGGGAGUGUGCACGAAUUGGAAGAAUACGAUUUUUCAAGAUUACCCGAUCGGCCAAGAGCUCUGAAUCUCGAAAGACAAAGAUCGUUCGAUGAAAGGUCACUUACCGAAAUGCCCCUGGGGUUAUCCCCUCGUCCACCUUCUAGAUCAGACAACUUUUCUCGAGCUUUCGAAUAUUUAGACAGCGCAUUUUCACCUGGCAAAAGAUCCGGUUUCAAUACUCCGAGAUCGCAAUUCGGCUAUGGUUUGACUUACGAGCCUCACCCUAUGAUAGCUGAGGCUUGGGAUAAUAUACGACGGUCUCUGGUUUACUUUCGUGGUCAACCUGUUGGAACAAUCGCUGCAUUGGAUAACUCUGACGAAAAGCUUAACUAUGAUCAGGUGUUUGUUAGAGAUUUUGUUCCCAGUGCACUGGCAUUUCUAAUGAACGGUGAACCUGAAGUAGUGAAGAAUUUUCUCUUAAAAACCCUUCGCCUUCAAUCAUGGGAGAAAAAAAUCGACCGUUUCCAUUUGGGAGAAGGUGUUAUGCCAGCUAGCUUUAAAGUAUUACAUGAUCCAAUCAGAAAUACCGAGACUUUGAUAGCUGAUUUUGGUGAAACUGCAAUUGGUAGAGUGGCCCCCGUCGAUUCUGGAUUUUGGUGGAUUAUUUUAUUACGAGCUUAUACGAAAUCUACUGGAGAUAAUUCAUUGGCUGAAAAACCUGAGUGUCAAAAGGGCAUGCGUUUGAUUCUCAGUUUAUGUCUCUCUGAAGGAUUCGAUACUUUUCCGACUCUUCUUUGUGCUGAUGGCUGCUCUAUGAUUGAUCGUAGAAUGGGUGUAUAUGGAUAUCCGAUCGAGAUACAAGCCCUAUUCUUCAUGGCUCUGAGAUGUGCAAUGCUCUUACUGAAGCAUGAUGGUCCAGGAAAAGAACUUAUCGAACGAAUCGUAAAGCGCUUGCAUGCUUUGAGCUACCACAUGAGAAGCUACUUUUGGCUCGAUUUGAAGCAACUCAACGAUAUAUACCGUUACAAAACCGAGGAAUAUUCCCACACAGCUGUCAACAAGUUCAACAUCAUGCCUGAUUCUCUGCCCGAAUGGGUUUUUGAUUUCAUGCCGUUACACGGUGGGUAUUUCGUCGGUAAUGUGGGCCCCUCGAACAUGGAUUUCCGUUGGUUUUGCUUGGGAAAUUGCGUCGCUAUUCUCUCUUCAUUAGCAACGCACGAACAAUCGAUGGCUAUUAUGGAUCUUAUUGAAUCGAGGUGGGAGGAGUUGGUUGGAGAUAUGCCGCUCAAAGUUUGCUAUCCGGCUAUUGAAAAUCACGAGUGGCGAAUUGUGACUGGUUGUGAUCCGAAGAAUACGAGAUGGAGUUACCAUAAUGGUGGAUCUUGGCCAGUGCUUCUAUGGCUUUUGACAGCAGCAUGCAUAAAAACGGGGCGGCCCCAAAUAGCUAGACGGGCAAUUGAGUUAGCUGAAAUGAGGCUAUCGAAGGACAGCUGGCCAGAAUAUUACGACGGGAAGCUUGGAAGAUACAUUGGGAAACAAGCUCGAAAACACCAAACAUGGUCUACUGCUGGAUAUUUGGUUGCUAAAAUGUUGCUCGAAGAUCCUUCGCAUUUGGGUAUGAUUUCGAUCGAGGAAGAUAAAAAUUUGAAACCCGUUCUGAAAAGAUCGUCUUCUUGGACCUUUUGAAUUUUUAAGACAGGAAAAAAAAAUUGAUUUUAGUUUUAUGGCCAAGUGUUGAGAGAAAUGUUUUUUCUUUCAUAUGCUUUGAUUUGAUUUUCUUUAAUGUGGGACUUGGUAGUUUUUACUUCAUUCUUUCUGUAGUUGUGUGGAAACUGGGAAACUGGUAUUCAGUUUAUAUAAUUAAAAAUAUGGAUUUAUAGUAUAUAAAAUGACUAUUUUGGAG